AAUGUCACACUUCAAAAGAAGUACUAUGUCGGGAGAGAAAAAAAUGUGUCGCUUGACUGCAAGGUUGAUGGAUACCCAAUACCUGCAAUAACUUGGACUCCAUGUAAUUCUCAAGAAAAUGUGUGUGAUCAGAGCAUGCUGAAUAUUUCAGAAGUCCAAAAUGAUGGGGUAUACACAUGUACAGCAAAGAACAGUCUGGGCAGUGAUAGUGCAAAUACUAGCCUUGGUAAGUCUUUUUAUUUCAUGUGUGUCAGAUUUCUGGGCACAAAACUUUUUUGCCAGUUUUAAGAUUGACACCAUUUUUUCCCUCUCAUUGAUGAGAAAAUUACUCCAUAACUUUGUCAAAGUAAUAUGAAUCGACAAGAUUGACAUUAUUUUUGUUAUGAUGAAAUCUUAUCAUCAAGGAGAGGACAGACAGAUUAAAACCCGCUGUCAAGUUGUUAAUUGUAAUUAAUGUAUCCCAGACACUUUUUGUUGGUGGACACCACCUAGGAGCAUUGCUUGGCUUUUGCCUUAUUUUCACGUUUAACAGUCUGCCGUGUGUCCCCGACUCCUACCCCCCAGAACACGCACCAUCCCUUUACACUCGAGCCAAUUAACAUUGUCUCCUCAACCGCUUUAAUCAUAUGACUGUCAAUAUCACUUUGGACCCAGGAAAGGGGGCUGCUGCAACAAAAAUACAAAACCUUUCAUCUGUUUGCCCAUGUGAUUUCUCGCCCACCGUUUUCUCUUGUGUGGUGUAACUUUAAAGGUGCUUCAGUACAAAGUUCGUUAAGUUAAUACAGCUCAAGAAACCUCAGAUAAAGUGUCACUUUUAAUAACGUCACAACAAUUAACUGUCAUAAGGUAGCCUGAUACUGCAUUUCCUUCUCUAUCAGUCACACAAUCGAUGGAACCUGCAGUCUUCUAUUAUUGCCCGAGACAACGAGUAUUCUUUCAUUUUCCUUAGGGAUCGAUAGUCGGACGGUAAUUAAAUUGCUCUUCUGUCACUGAGGGUUGUCUAUCUAAACAUUGAGUGGCUUUUUCACGAGGCCUUUUUAGGCCUGAAUUUCAAAACCUGUUGUUUUGCGCACUGAGGAGGAGGCCAUGUCACUGUCGGUAUAUUACUUUCGUUGUCGCUGUCGCAGUUUCUACCCAUCUUUUUGUCGUUUGUCGCCAUUUCUGCUGUCUUGUGUCGCUUGUCGGAAUUUUACCUUAAGAGGGCCUUUUUCAUUCCUUAUUUACCUUUACUGAAAAACAGUCAACGUGUUUGUCCUGACGACUUUAUGGGUCCUCAAAUUCUCAUAAAUUGCGUUUUUAAACUGAAGAUUAAUUUGUAUUGAUCUCGUGGUUCUAUUUUAUUAAGUAUUUAUUAACACUUUUUUUUAUUAAUUCCCUCAAGUGAUCGGAGCCAAGGUGAUAAACGUAACUCUCACUGUCUCAAAUAAAGAGCGCAAUGAAGAUUAUCAGUCCUUCUGGCAGAAACUAAGAGAAGCGGUAACUGAUAAUACUUUUUGUCACUUAUUUAUUGAUUUAUUUAUUUAGUUCACUAUGUUUUGAAGUGAUACUAGUAUGUGUACAGUCAAGUCUCUUAUAAGCGACCACCCUUGGUGGUAGUCAGGGAGCAAAUGUACUCCAAAGGGAGUAGCAAAGAAUAAACUUGAAUUAUGGGGAUAUAUAAAAUCAAACCAAAUGCCCGGAAAUACUCUCGCGUCGCGAACAAUGAAUUUGUAAAUUUACUUGCGUGCAUCUAACUCGCUUCCGAUUGGUUUAAAAACAAUCAGCUACUGUCAGAACUCACACAUGCGCAUUAUCGUGAACCAGUCCCUUUAAAAACGUGAUGUAAUUCACUAACAUAAACGAGGCUCUGAAACAGAAGUGGCUAUAACUUUCCACUGUUUGGAUAAAAUUGCUCCAAAAUUGCAAAGAUUAUGUGCCUCAAUUGCUUGAACGAUAUAAACCUCUACUGGAUUCUCAGCAUGGUCACGUGAUAAAGCUAGCAUGGAAACCAGGUUCCAAGAAAUGACUGUAACUGUCCACUGCAGUAUUUAAAUGAAAUUGCUCCAAUACUGAUGAGAUAAUGUUCCUCAAUUAUUUUAAUGAUGUUCUGUAGUUCUUUUUUCUAUGCAUGAGAACGUGAAUAAAAUAGCAUGAAAACGAGGCACGGACUAUACAACCAAGAUAGCAGUUUUCCCGUGGAAAAUAACCCAACCCAUGUGAGUGACAUGUUCUAGAUUAUUCCAGACCAUUUCGGUCGUUUAACAUGGUGAUAUUUGAAAGCAAGAAAAAGACAGAAAGACUUAAACUGGCUCGCCUGGUCAUAUACUUGCACUGUUAAUAGUCUAAAGUACUUUAACUGGUAAGAUUUCGUACAUCUGCAUAAUGUCAUCAACGAUCUGUCUGACUGUCACUGUCAUCACUCUUCCUAUUCCAUAUCUUCGUCUUCAGAACUAACAUCAUCAAUUAGCUGGUUAUCGCACAGAUCGUCAUAAUCAGCACAUCUGCACGGGUCAGUGCACUUGAGUCCGGCUUUCCGGCACUUGCACCUACUUGAUGAACAUCGGCUCUUUACAUAGCCACACUUUACGAGCUGGAUGAUAGGUUCUGGUGCAAGAGGCAGAGAUGUCAUAAUGUGUACCCAUUUGUCAUCUUCCAACGUCCAGCCUAAGGUGUCUGGUGAUGGAAGCUGUGGUUCAGCCACGGUGACCAAAUUCCAUACAAAUGCUUGAUAGUUGGCUCUUUUGAUAGCCUGCCGAAGAGCUUCUUGCGUCGGUGGUAAGGUCUCAGACUGAGCCUGCUUCUUCCGGAACAGCCACCAUGUUAGCUCUUUAACACUGUUAAUGGUAGUGUUGGGCACGUACACUUGACAAACAAGUUUCUCGAUGUUAGGUAAGAUAUCCGCUGUUGGCUGGGCUCUCUUACCAAGGUUUGCUAGGGCAGUGAUGGUCUCUCCAUCUGCUUCCUUGAAUACCUUCCACCAAGUGGCCUUUCCUUUACCAGCAAAGCUACCUGUGAUGUCGGCGCCAUUCAAAGCAUGAAGGCCAGUUAAUGCUGCAACUUUUGUGCUGCCUAGGGCCUGCACAAUAGGUUUCAAAAUGAUAACUCGGUGCCACUGACCGGUACCAGUAACAAACUGCACAUCAUCACAGAGCUGUGCAUAUCUUCUUUGGGGAUAAGCACAGAUUUUUUCAACUCGAACGGUGAAAACUAAAAUAAAAAUACAAAACAUGUAGGUAGAGUGCCAAAUAGAACUGAAAACGAACCAAAUACUCACAAGUUCUGUGCUCUCUCUGCCAUAAAACAACGCAACAACUCUCACCUACCAACACGCUAGUCACAUGGAAAAAGAGGUCACGUGACCAGCGCUCAGGUACCUAUAAAAAAAACGUAACAGUUUUCGGAUAAUUUUCAUGUCCGAUUUUUAAAUUAGAUUUGUCCCGGACAUCCUGGCCGCCUUGGGGCGAUCGCGUAGAACAUCCCAACAGUUAAACUCAGCAUCUACUUCGUGUCUACUUCUUUCGCAUCAUUCUCAAGCAAGCACAACUUCUGUAUAGGACGAACAUAGACAGCGUCCUUGGUCUUGACCUUCACAGUCCUUACUAGACCAUCUGGACCCGGGUACGUCUUCAACACUCUGCCGAGAUUCCCAUGCCCUCUAGGGGUGUUGUCGUUAACAAGCAGAACCAAGGCGUCGGGUUUGAUAUUAGGCAGCACUCUUCGCCGUUUACCUCGUUGUUGAAGGGUUGGGAUGUACUCCUUCAACCACCUUUCCGAAAACAAAUUGGCCAAAAAUUGAACCUGCCUCUACUUCUUUCUGUAAAUGUCAGUCUUCUCAAAGACUCCAGGAGGCAAACAGAUGGUCUCGGUUCGCGAUCGUUUGGAUCGUCCGAGUUCGCUGUGAGGGCUCUUCCUUUAAGGAUACGCUCAAGCUCAGUAAAGAGUGUUCGUAGAACCACAUCUGUCUUCUUCAAUUCUCGUUCAGACCCAACGAAGUUAGAACCGUUGUCACAUCGUAACUCUUUCACAUCUCCCCUUAGAUUUGUAAAACGCCUCAAACACAUAAUGAACUCAUCAGUAUCCACAGAAUUAACCACUUCAAGAUGCACGCUACCGAUGGUUAAACAGGUAAACAAGCAACACCACCGUUUCGCGGUUUCUCGGCCAUGUUUCACGUAAAUAGGGCCAAAGAGGUCCAUACCAGUGAACGAAAACGGUGGCUCAUAGGCUGUAAGUCGACACUUGGGUAAGGGCGCCAUCUGCUGGGUCAUAGGUUUGGCGUUAAGUUUCUUGCAGGUAAUGCAUCGAUUAAGGACCGAUCUAACCAAUACACGCACUUGAGGGAUCCACAAAUCUUCCCGCAACUUUGCAAUAACAUGUUCGCGUCCCAAGUGACCAAUAAGGUGGUGAACGUGACGAACAAUCAGCUUGGUGACCGAUGGUCUCUGGGAAAAAUCACUCGUUGGCCUAGUAUUCAGGAGGUCGGCUUCAGCUGACCACGGCCAUUAACUCUCAGGAUUCCGCCUUUGUCAAGUUUGGGAUUCAGUGAAGUAACCUUGCUCGACGGCUUGACCGCACCGUUCGACUUCAAAUCUUUAAUUUCCUGUGCAUAUGCCAAUCUUUGGACAAUCCUCACAACUGCUACAGUUGCCGCGUCAAAAUCGUCAACUUUGAGACGUCCAGUUUUGGCGUUCUGUUUGCCCUUGACAAAUUGUACAAAACUCAGGAGCCAGGCCAUUCUGUACCUGAGGUGGGAGAAAGGUCUGAGGUCUUCGUUUUUCGUUUCUCAGAUAGUGCAGCACUAUUUCAUUAUCAGUCCAAAGAUAUGUCCUGGAAAUGUUCAUCUUAAACAUCCGGGUUGCGAGUACAGCUGCUUGCAAUUCCAGUCUUGGAAUACUAACAAACUUGACAGGCGCAUUCCUAGCCUUACCAGUGAUGAAAGCGCAAUGAACUCGUCCAUCGGAGUACUCGCUUCGCAGAUAUGAUGAUGAUGCUCCAUAACUAAUCUCUGAGGCAUCUGAAAACACAUGAAGCGUUGUUGCGGAUCACCGUCCGACAGGAAAUAGGACCGAGGGAUGAAUAACUCGGACAACAAGGGUAACUCAGUGUUCCAGGCUCUCCACUUAGAAAUUCUUCGCUCAGGGGCUCAUCCCAGCCUAUGUUAGCCUUCCACAGGUCUUGAACUAGGCAUCGUGCAGACAAAGCCACUGGUGCUGCGAAACUCACAGAAUCAAACAAUGAAAAAACAGUGGAGAGUAUACCGCACUUUGUUUUAGGGCGAACUAGGCUUCUCAUUUCGAACCCCAACGUAUCAUCUUCCACAGACCAACGUAUUCCGAGUGCAUGCUCUAUAGGUAGCUCGUCCAUGUCAAGGUUUAGAUCUGGCUUAGAUCGCUUAAGCACUUAGUAGUCUCUUGGAGUUCGACAUAAACUUAGUCAAGUUAAAUCGGUCUUGAGCGAGCAGUUCUACCAUGUCAUGGGCUAGGCUAAUUGUGGACUGUUCAUCAUUCUCAGAGGGAAGAGCAUCGUCAACAUAGAAGUUCUUUUUCACAGCUGUAAUAACACUAGAGCUGUACUCUUCGGCAUUGUUGUCGGCCACACGGCGCAAAGUUGAGUUUGCAAUACAGGGGGAGGAAGUCGCUCCGAAAAUAUGCACUUACAUGUCGUAUGUAUCAGGGGGAUUAUCAUAUCUGUUUGUCCACCACAGGAAACUCAAGGAAUCCUGGUCUUCCUCACGCAUACGUAUCUGAUGAAACAUCUUUUCGAUGUCAGCAGCGAACGCUAUUUUUCUCUGACGGAAACAUAGGAGAACACAAACCAAGUUGCUGGGUACAUCUGGUCCAGUCAGCAAGUUCUUAUUUAGCGAAGUUCCUUCGCAUUCAGCUGCUGCAUCGAAGACAGUGCGCACCUUUCCUGGUUUGGUAGGACUCGUUACAGGGUGAUGCGGAAGAUAUAAAUGUGUUUUAGACUCUUUGUUUAACUCUUCUUCUGACAACUUGCGGGCGAACCAAGUUGACUAAUCAAGUCAUUGAGGAACACAAUCUCUUUUGGAGCAAAUUCACUCUGCUAGUGAAACGUUAUUACCAUUUUUGUUUCAGAGCCUCGUUUUCAUGUUGUAUUUUUAAAUCCCCAUAAAACGGCUUAGGACUAGUUUUCGGAGUGCCACCAAAUUUUUUUUAUGUUCUGUAGCUUUCCCUUAACACAUUCAGGUGAGUAGAUUGCUUGCAGCCUAAAAUUCCCACGGGACUUAAAAUUACAACAUUUGCUCCUGGACUAUGGACGACAAAGCGGUCGCUUACGAGAGGCGGUCGUCUUCGAGAAAAAUCAAGAAAAUAAGCUUAAACUAAACUGAUUAAUUUAUCUCCCAACAAGGUUAAAACUUUGCAUCGACGUUAGAAUGCACCUUUUCCCGUAUAGAUCGCUCUACAGUCAUCUUUUUGGAGGUUAACUGCUAUAAUCUGUCAGCACACUUGGUCGGUGCUGUUGAAAACCUGCCUGAACUUUUUGAUCAUGACGUUCGUGCAAUGGUUUUCUUAUAAUCAUUCGUGAUCAUGCCGGGUGGUCUCUUACUAGGAGCAGAGCCACAAAGAAAUAUGUCUAAUUUGUGGUUUAAAAAGUGGUCGCAGUCGUUAAGAAAUUCAGCUAGUGGUCGCUUACGAGAAGUGGUCGCUGUGAGAGUGUUGACUGUAUUCGGAAUUCCCACUAACAAACAAAAGUAAAUCAUACGUGUGAUAUGAGUAUGAAAUGACAUGGAGUAGUGGUCAGUGCAGCCUUAAACUGUUUUUCAGGCUUCUUUUUUGCAAUUGGCUUAUAUUCCAUGUUUUCCGAUUCGGCGUUCCAAAGCCAACGUUAAUGGUUUGUUUGAUUACAUUAGUGGUCAUUUCAUUUCGAUUUUGCAUAAAUAUUUCUAAGUUGAACAUCUUACUUUGGGCAGCUGUUUUAUGGUUGAGUUGUUGUAAUUGUUGUGUUGACAGACUCUUAUUAUUAUGGCUAAGUGCAUUAAAGAAGUUCGCUGCAUUUGCUAAGUCAAUGUAUUCUUUACAAUCGACGACCUAGGAAAUGAUAUCUUUGUGCCGUUUUUGCGCAUAUUACGUUUUCUCGAAUCAGAAUUGUUUUCAUGCUUUCUGUUCUCGAGCCAUUAAAAACAGUGGCUCACUUUUGCAACUCCAUCAAAUGUAAAACUCUUUCCAGCCUGCUACUUCGAUAACGUUUUAAACUAUGGCAGCAACAAAAUAAUAACAGUAGUUUAGAGGGGGUGGAAUUAACCCGUUUUUAUGGGAAAUCUCGUUAAUUUAAGGUUUUUCGAUAUAGCUUUUCAGAGGCCAUAUCGAUAUUUUCAAACGCUUUAAAAGUGAUUUUAUCCUUGUCUGAUGGCUAUAAAAUUUUCACCAAUGAUUGACUACAGAUUGAAUUCGUCAAAAUGUAGGUUUUAGUAAAAUCGAUAUUACUAUCAAUGACAACAAUAAACAAAAACAUUGACAUUGACAAACGCCCAAUUUUGCGCCAUCUAGACCAGCUAAUGAAAAUCCAACGUUUGGUGUUUAGCAAAUGACCUCCCUAAGAAGUACAAAAAUCUAUAUUUUUGAAUUGGACUAAAACGAAAAUAUAUUUCAAACCUUAAAUUCUUGGUUAGAGUAUUGCCAAUGUUUUUCAUUCAAAAGAUGCGUUAAAUUCAAACUAAAAUGUACCAGUCAUGGAGGUAUGUGUAGUGCGCAUUAUUUUGGAAAAAAAUAGCAUACCGUCAAAACAGUGAAUGUUGUGACGCAGAUUUUUGACAGGUUCGUAAGGAAAUGAUAUGCAGUUCUUUAAAAAUUUAGCGAAGUUAUGGUUGGUCUUGUCUAAGAUCCCACUUUUUCUCUCAAACUUCCUUUAUAGUAGAAACUGAGGGUUGGUAUUGUGUCACGAAUGGCAAUAUUUCUUUUUCCUCCUUUAUUUCUAAUAGUAGGUUUUCUACCAAAGUUUGUGGGUGUCCUCUGUCGAUCAAGCGUUUUUUGAAAUUUGAAUUAUUUUCCUCAAAGAAUUGUUUCUGAUGAAUUUUUUCGUAGGAUUCUCAAGGCGUCUCCUUUGAAAAAUCCUUUUUUAACACUUGGAGAUUGACACGAGGUGGAAUGUGUGUGCAGGAAGGUUUCCGUUUGUUUAAAAUGUGUCUGUACAUCAAGCAUCGAUUUUUCCUUGAAUCUUGUGCCUUCGUAUACAACCGUGCCUAAAAACACAAUCUCAGUGUCAGAUGUUUCGGCCUUGAAUUUAAUAGUUGGGUGAUGUAACUUUUCUUGUUUAAUGAAGGCUUCGAUGUCUGGUUUACCAAUGUCCCAUAGGGAAAAAUAUCGUGUAUGUAGCAUUUCCAAACUGUUGGUUUAAAGACGGUUUUGCUUGGAGUUGUUGUUUCAAUGUAUGCCAUGAAAAUGUUGGCUAAGGAAACUGCUGUCUUUGUGCUCAUCGCAGUUCUAUGGGUUUCUAGGUAGUGCUUUCCAUUGAAGCGGAAGAAAUUUUCUUUGAGGAUUAAUCUUAGAAUUUCUGGCAAGUAAUGUGUAGGAGUAGGUUGUCUUUGUAGAAAUUUUCAUAUGCUUUAUAGACAAUUUUAAUACCCUCGUUUUGCGGUAUAUUUGUGUCAAGACUCAUAAAGUCCAAGAAAUGAAAAAAGAAAAACAAGAAAAACACUAAGUGUCCGGUUUUUCACAUUUGCCUUAUUUUCAGUGAAAGGUAUGAUUUCUGUAAUUUUGAUAUUGGUUGUAGUAAUGUAUCAACAAAUUCUGUCAUACACAGAACAAGGCUUUAUUGGAUUCUUAAGGGGAAACCAGAAAUCGAUGUUUUAAUACUAGGGGGUGGGUCAUGUAAUUUCGAACCUUGCUUUAGGGGUGGGUCAAUCAUUUGUGUGCCGAAGGGAGGGGGUGGGCCAUGUGUUUUUUAUCAACCACAUUUCCAAAUGCUCCGGCCCACCCCCCUCUAUACUUUUUGGCCAGUCCCUAAAAGUCCAAAAUUUGAAUGGGCUUGCACUUAUACAAGUGGUGAGAAAACGGGUUAGUUUUCAAGAUCGCAAGAGCGAAAAUACACCUACAUUUCGUAGCAUCAAAAUAUGAUAUUAAGCAGCAUUCUGACUCUACUUAAGUAUAAUCUGAGUCAUUUAUAACGUUUUUAUUAAAUAAUCUAUCAUGGCUAUUGAAAAUUAACUUUUGAAAUAUAUUUUCAUUUUAGAAUCAAACAUACAGAAUUUUUUGCUUCUUACGGAGACUGUUUGUUGAAAACCAACCUUUAAGUUCCUAGUUGGAUUUUCAGUAGCUGGUCUAGAUCACUCAAAAUUCGGCUUUUAUCAAUUUCAAAGUUUUUUGUUCAUUGCCGUCUUAGUAAUAUCGGUUUAUUUAAGACUACAUUUUCACAAAUUUCAAUCCAAAGCCAAUUACUGGUGAAAAUUUUAUCGCGAUCGGACAAGGAAAAAAACCACUUCUAAGGCGAUUGAAAAAUAUCGGUAUGGCCUGUGGAAAACUGUAUCGAAACACCGUAAGGGAAAAACAUUAGCGCCGAUGACGUCAGAGCUUUUUGUCUGUAUCUCAUCCUUUUUUACUGACCUCACCUGUCCUUUGCACUUUUAAGUCCAUAUUUCCGAGAGCAUUAUUACUGCCUCAGCCGCAAAACCCCCAGUUAGUGUUGUAUUAAUUAGUAUCAACGCUAAUGGUUUCAUUUUUUUUUUUCGUUCGGCUGGGUGAGUACAAUAAGUUUUGUUUUCGGAGGGACUUUUCAAGAUCAACAUAUUGGUGGCUUGUGUUUUACUUUCCGUUUUCCUUGUUUUAAGUGCCUCUCAAAUCCCUUUCCAUCGCUCAACAGUGGUUUAGUGUUUGUAUGAGUACAGUGUAUGCCAGAAAAAACUGAAAGCUUUUUGUCCAGUCAUAACUUUUAUUAAAAUAUCUUAUAAACUCUUAGACUGUAGCUAUCGGCCAAUAAGAUUGAUAGAAAUCGCUCAGUUAUUGCAAAAAAUGAAUAAAUGGAUAAAAAAUAAAAACAUAUUACUGAACAUGCAAGAAGUGGAGGAAAUAUGAUCGUUUGUGUGAGUAUUAUCUUGGAGAGGACUGACGUUCCAAGAACCUGCGCGGUUGUAAUCGUCAGAGUACAAGUUAAAGCAAGUGACCUGACUGGUCACCUUACCGCCAGUUUUAUUGGUCGUCAACUAGUUAAGCAGUAGUUACAUUGUCUGUGAAGACUCUAAAUGAGAGCGGUGUGUUUCGAUCAAUCUUUUGUCACUGUAAAGUCGGUCAUUUUAUUGUUGGUCAAGUUAUCGGUGUUUUGUCUACCCUGAUAGCAAGCUCUCCAUGUAUGGCGAGCGAAGCGAGCCUCGAGAGAACGGUACGUGCGAGCAAGUGGCAAAGCCGCGUAAGGCGAUUCUCUUGAAAAUUUUCAUUUCUGGUUCGCCUAGAGGAAGCUCAAUACCAUUGGCUGAAAAAUGUCGUGCCGUCAAGUAAUUUUGAUUUAUGACAUUCCUGGCUGACCCGCCUUAAAUGUUUGCUGUACAUUUAAAAACGCCAUGCGUACGAAAAUCGGGAAAGUUAUGAUUACUCCUUUCUCCGGCGAGAAACAUGAUCACUCUCUCCUUCUGUGAUCGGUGAACGAUUUCUGAGGACUAUGUGGCUGUAUUUUUUACCGUUCAGUUUGGAUCUCAAUCUCGCGGAUAUAUAAACCGGCAAAUCAGAAUUCUGAGAAGGGGUUGCCAGGAAAACAUUGUCAUACUAAAUCUCAUCGCGUUUGUUGUGUUUAAAAGUUUACCCAAAACGAAAUCAGUUGAUGUGGUAUCCAAGCGGGUGCGUGAACAAAGUGGAAAGUAAUGAAUGCGAUUUUUGAUGAUGCCGUAGGUUAAAAAGAAUGCAGUGGCUUUGAAGCGACACGUCUCCACUAAAUUCAAGGAAUAUUGUAGAUCCGACUCAGCUUAUAGGCUAUGAUUCAGACUAGAAGGUCCACACCAAUUGUCUUCUUCUAGUAGUCUUGCUUUUUUGCGAAAUUGUAAUAUUUUUUGCUCCUGGAACGGACAACGCUAGUGUAACUGGCGCGUUCGGCUUGGCCCAAUGAGGGUAACUGACAAACGGCUGACACAUUUCUUGUUUCCGGUGACCGUUUUAACGCUUUGCGGUUUCCUGCGGUUUCAAGGAUGGAAAUGAAAUUUAUUUGAGGUCGUUGCAAGCGCCCUUUUCGUACUUGCGUCUUGUUUCGCCUGCUGCUUUCGCGUGACCUCUCGCGACUCCCCCAAUUGGACAGCCUGCUUGCAGGCUAUGUUUUGCCCAGUCAGUUUGUCGAUGAUAGUUAUACAUGAGUAAAGCGUUAGAGUCUCCUUCUUAGAAAUGGUCAUGGUUUGUCUGUAAAUGGUGUUUAGCAAUUUGUUUUUGUUUUGUUUUUAGAUAGUGCCGCUUUUCCCGGGUAACGAUGAUUUGGAAGUCAGAUUUAUAGACCACAGGUGAGGUUUUUGUUUCAAAAGCAUUUUUUUCUAUUUCUCAAAUUGUCGUGCCUUGAAUUUUCUAAACUGGUCCCGCCGGUAGAUUGUAGGGACUUUAAGAUCCAGGACGCGACGGCUAUAAGACGCCACCGGAAGUAAAAUAUCCAGGGUGGGUACAUAGUACGCUUGCCCAGGGCGUUGUAUUAGUGGCGCCAAGUUCACCGGCGAAAAAUGUCUGAUUGGUCGACGUGCGACCACGUGACAUUGCCAAAUUCAAAAUGGCGGCAAUACCUCCAUCGUUUGUUUAUUCCAGUGGAAAGAAGAUUAAUUGCGGCUUAAUAUGAGUUGCAAAUGCAUAUACGGAUAUUUUUAGAAUAGCCUAGACUUUUUAUUAUCCUUUUUCGCCUAUUCCUAUGGGAUUCGUUCCCUGCGAUGCUCGCGUUUUGGCCGGUUUACCGGAUUCAACUUUGGACUCUUCACGAUCAGGAAAGACAACAAUAUUUUUAAUGAAAGCAGGGUCAGUAGAGAGAACGGCCUUUGUUCACAGCUUUAUGCAGCGGAGAAAAAGACACUAUGGGUCCUUUGAAAUUGCUUAGACACCUGGAAGUUAUUUUAUUAUUUUUUUACCGAAAAGAUAAAGCAAAAUUAUGUUCUCUCCAGUAAGACUUUCUAAUUUAUCAAAAAAAGCUUGAACGUGAGCUAAAUGAACUGUAGUGUCUGCAUUCAUGUUCUUUUCAUUGCAAUUUUAAUAUCAAAACUUUAAAGCCGUCUAUGACCAAGCAGGUUUUUUUUUCUUUUUUCUUUUCAAUGGUUACUGUGCUUGAUCUCAAUAAAUUAAUAAAAUGUUUAAAAUUAGGGGAUUACUAUAUAUAAAAGAAGAGAAAUUUGAUUGCAAAUAUGUUAGUUGGAAAAAAUACUGAUUAUACUAUAUGAUCUUUUUACUAUAUAGGUUAGAAAAGUGAUGCGUAGUCAAAAGUGCUACAAAGGAGUAAAAACCCAGAUCUUUCCAUUAAUAAAUUUUAUUUACACUGUUAGGGACAUAUACUUUGCCUGAGUACAAAUUUGUUCGUCAAAAAUCUUGUUUGUGAAGCUGUACUUUGUUUGAUUCAGGAUCAAUCAAUCUUUUCUGAAGAGAAAUGAACAAUAAAGUAUGGUAACAUAUCACUAAUAACUUCAACACUGCCUUAGCCAACAACUAAGAAGAAACUCAACUUCAUAUCAAAAAAACAAAGUGAAAAUACUUCACUGUGAAACAACAACCCCUUCAAAUAUAUAUCACAUUAAAUGAGACCUGAUGAGAAGUUCAUAGGAAAAGAAACAAACGAUAAUUACAAUGAAACUAUAAUGUUACAAUAUAUAUCUAUAAUGAAUGAGAUCUGUAUUUGAGUGUUCUCUCAUAAUUCUGACAGAAGAUCAAAAUUGGAAACUGCAUAUCCUAAACAACUGCAUUCAUCAACAUGAUCAAACUAAAAUUGCAUUAAGACUCAAAGUUUACUCCAAACUUUAAACUCCUGUAAGUUUAAUUUGUGAGGAUUAUCUUGGAAAGAAGUUUUGAAUACUUAAUAGCAAGUUAACUCUAUCAUUCAUUCAUAACUUUGCGCCCAAAAAAAUUAAGCCGAAAACGAUGGACAGAAAAACAAAAGCAUUCACAGGAAUAUUACCCUGUUCAUCUCCUUCCAGGAUCCAAUAUUUUCAAGCAAAGAAGCACCCCCCACAGAAAGCCUUGUGUGCAAAAAUUUAGUGCUUAAAAAAUUGUACACGGAGGAAAUCAUGUCCGUAAGUGCGGAUCCUAACGAAGUAACUCGUUGUGUGGAUAAUCCCAAGCCAAAUUUAUGAGCAAAAUACUCUAAACUUUGAUCCUUCAAUUAUAAAAUUGCAAGCCUAAAUGUACAGCAGCUGUGCACAUUGUAAACAGAAUUUUUUCACAAAUCAGAAUGUUGCUGGACCAUCGAACUGUAGCUCCAAGACGGUCUAAGUGUUUUAAUGAAAAUACUCUCACAUUUUCUCAUUCGAAAGUUUGCAUAAAACUCAAAUUUCUAUAUGGUAGCAUACAAAGCUGUAUAAAUAACGUGCAACAACAAUGAAAUUCGCAUCGACAAUUUACACAGCAAGACAAUCGCUAAGAAUAUUUCUUUACCUUCUUUAUAAUUUCCUUUUGUACCGAGUGACACGAGAUUAAGUUGAACCAAGCGUAACGGCCAUAAACAUUGUAAACACGCGGAGAUUAAACAUCUAAAUGUAGUUUUUCCAGCAACAAAGUACACGCUAAGUCAUAUUAACAAAACAAAGCCCAAAAAUGUCUGUCCCUCUACUUUUUUUUGUUGAAUCCGUGAUAAGAAACUUGAUAUAAACAACAAAAACAUUUUGGAUAGCAUUGUAAUACGCUCUUCGAUCAACAGUCGAAUGUUUUCGAAUGUUAGAUUCACAAUCAAAGUCGAAUUUUGACACAAAAACGGGAUACACAUUUAACAAAACUGUCGCUUCCGUGCAACUCGGUAUAAGGUAAUUUAUAUACCAAAACAAAGCUCAAUAAUUUUUCUUCCACUACUUUAUAAUUUCUUUUUGUACCAAGUUGCACGGAACAUGCAGUAAACAAAAAGAGCAAAAAUUACCCACCUUUUCGGCAUGUCUUCCAGAUGCAAUCCAGCGAUCUCAACGUCAAUAACACUGAAUCAGACCAUGCCAAUGCAAUUUUUCGCCAGUUUCAAGACGCUAUAUUCUCUAGAGAACACACUUGCGUCAAACUUUGACCAAAAUGAUUUUUGAUCUCUUACAGUGGCAAGAAAUUGCAACGCUGUCACUGCCUAAAAAAAAGCUACCAUCGCUCUUUUCAUCUCAACAUUUCCCGGGCAUUUUUGCCUCGGAGCCAAUGACAUUACCCGAAAUAGAUCACGUGUCAUUUUUUCCAGAGCAUGCGUAGACAUUUUUCGUCGGUGAAUGGCGCCAAGUUGCGUCGAGAACGUCAUUUGGCAAACUUUGGCGUUGUGUAAAGAACGUGAGUAUAAAAUCCUUUUCUUUUUUGUUUAUGAAAGUAAUACUUUGUCUCCCUUAAACCUCUCAGGCUCUCAUUAGAGUUGCUUAAAAUCUUGGUCCGAGAUUGCAAUCAAUUUGUAAUGCAAAGAUGCGACAGCUAAGGCAGUUUUCAUCAUAUAUUCACAGGUGAACAGCUAGUUGAAGACUUGAAGUCCUGGAUCGAAGCAUGGCAUCCGAGCCUAAACCUCCCAGGUAAAUGUGAGCUUUAUUUAUGGCUAUUUGAGUCGGUUGAACAAAUCGUUGUAUUUUCAACAUCUGUUAUAUUUGGAAAAGGAUAUAGGAAUAUUUCGCGGACACUAAACGUGAUUUCAUUCAGUCGAAGCAUUGAAUGGAAGCUUAAUUAAGCUUAUACUCCUGUUAUUUUAUUUUUAGCCUGUUAUGUUUUGGUCAAACGAGCAUGACGCGUUCUUGUGCUUGGAAGUGGUACAUUUAGACCCUUUUACGUCCAAAAAAGCAUCCACUCAAAGAGGCAGGAUGUGGGAGAAAAUAGCUCAAACUUAGAACGAAUGUACCGUACUGAGAUUCAGCGUUGACAAGCAAUCGGUUCGCGACCACGUGGGGAUUCCCGUCAACAAGCAUAAAAGAAAAGUCAGAGCCAAGGAGAAGGCAUCCGGUAUAGCGCCCGGCGAGCCAAGCGAACUGGAAAAUCUUUUGGACACUAUCAUCGCUUUAGAAGAAAGUUCAGAGGCAGAAUCACCGGAAUUAAGAGUAGAGAAAAAUGAAAAAUGUGAAAACGACCGAGCAAAGGCAGAAGUUGCGAGAUUAAGAUGA